UAUCCACAACUGUCAAUUCAUUUUUUAAAGAUGAUGAUCAAGGUGAUAUGACAUACUUGUUAUCUCAGUUUUUCUAUAAAUUGCCAGAUUACUUAGCGUAUGAAAUACAUGACUCAGUGUUGAAGGGAAUAAGAUUUGAUGAUUGGACUUACAUGUCCAUCUUAUGCACAAGUUCGGCUACAAAACUAAAGGCAAUCAGUGAUGCCUAUAUGGCAGUAAAUGGUGUUUCAUUGAAUGAUGAUAUAAAUAUGGUAGGCAAAGCAGGAAGACCUGUAUACCAGAAGAUGGUGGAUCCUAAGGUAAAAGAAUCAUCACAGUUUCUCUCUCCUUGAGAAAGAUUG